AUUCCUCCUUUCCGACUCUUAGCCUUCUCCGCUCUGAGGGACCAUAUUGGCUGGCGACAUACUAUCACAGUGAUAGGAGCUUUGCAGAGCAUCAUCAUCAUCUGUGGCGUUCUGCUUCGGCCCAUCAUUAUAAAACCCAGCGCGUCCCAAAAGACGGAGACUCAAGAGUUGUCGCCAAAGGAGCAGGACACACUCGGUGCACAGGAGAGCAUAGAGGGCAAAAACCCAGAAGAACCCAAGACCAUCAUGGACUCACAUGUGCAAAACACUACCUACAGUCUGGACAACGAGCUGACCAGAAGCUCUGUGAGCACCAGAGACUCUGGCGUCCAGUCUCUUAACGACACAGAGGAUAAGACUUUACUGCAGAAACACGUGGAAAGCGGGGGCGCAGAGGUUAAGAGAUCUGAAACAGGGGAGGAGAAAAAGAAUGAAGGCGCAGAGGGACAGUGUGCGAAGGAUGAGGCGAAGGUCUCUGCAAAGAAGCUUCUGGACUUCUCCAUCCUCAGAGAGUGCAACUUCAUCUUCUACUGCAUGUUCGGGCUCUUCGCCACACUCGGCUUCUUCGCCCCUCAGCUCUACAUCAUUGAGCUGAGUGUGAGUCGAGGCGUGGGGCGGGACCGCGCCACCUACAUGCUCUCCACCAUGGCAGUGGCUGAGAUCAUGGGCCGCUUCUCCAUCGGGUGGAUCAUGUCGCGUGACAAGCUCAGGAAGAGGAAGCUGCAUGUUCUUCUGGUGUGUGUGAUUGCAAUGACUGCAGAUCUGGUGGGAUUUACUCUGGUCAGGGAGUUCUAUGGACUGGCUGUGUGCUGCGCGCUGUACGGCUUCUUCAUGGGGACGCUGGCGUGCACGCACAUCCCCCUGCUGGCCGAGGACGAUGUGGUCGGCAUAGAGAGGAUGUCUUCGGCUGCUGGUGUCUACGUGUUCAUACAUAGCUUUGCCGGCCUGGCUGGACCCCCACUUGGAGGUGUGCUGGUGGAUGUGACUCAAAACUACGGAUCAGCCUUCUACUCGUGUGCGGCCGGCAUGGCGCUGAGCGCCGUCUUCCUCGGUUUGGUCAAACCCGCCAAGAAAGGAUUAAUCUGUGGGAAGAGAAGCUCAAGAGACAACACGGGCGUUCUAAAUCCACAGUGGGACGAGUCCAAGGAACAGAGUGGAGAACAUCAACAGGACAAAGCUCCCAGUCCUCACAAUUCUUCUCAAGCAGUGGCCAACUCCGACCACAUGGACGCCACCGGCGAUGAGGAGAAAAUCAUAAGUUAACUUAAGCUGAUAAUGAAUGAUAAGGGUUGUAAAAAGGUCAAAGCGUUCAGGUGUAAAAUGACGUUUCAAAAGGAAACUGCUGCUGCCAAAGAGCCCCAGCGACACAAGACCAAUGUUAAGCCGUUAAGCCUUUGAAGAUCUGGUUUUAUUGUGGUUAUUCUUGAAGAAACAACAAUGCCUUAUAUACCUGAUUGUACCUCAGUGUUUUUAACAGUUACAAAUUAGCUUUGAUUCACUAAGCUUCUGAUAUGAUCUUGUUUUAAUGGACAGUGGUGACAAAUAUUAGUGGAAUGUAUGGAACGCGGACCUGUACUGUAAUUUCUAAAGAGAAAAAUGCAUCAGUUUUUAUAUCUUACAUGCUGGUGAUUAAUUUAAGCUUUUUAUUUAAAUCAAACAAAGGCCCACCGUUCAUGGGAGACCUCAUGUAGCAGGCAGUGAAGAUAUAAAAGAAAAAGAAAUAAACAUUUAAUAUUUUUUAGUUUCUUACAAGCAAAUGAAGCAUCAAAACAAUGCGCACAAAUUCUAUGACACGUGUGUCAUAGCUUAAAUACAUGAAGCUCAGGAAUUAUGUGAUUAAGU